AUGCUCGUGAAAGGUCACUUAUCUCCGAGGAAGAGUAUUCAACAAUUAACACCACAGCCUUCACCAGUUCUUCAACAACAUGUAACUUUCAGUCAAGGCUUUAAUUCUUCGCCAGCCAAGUCUCUUUCGCAUAAAACGAAGAUACCAGCUGCACAACAAAUCCAUUCUUCAAAUGGUUCUUUACCACUGACCCAACAAUCCUCACAGUCUCCACAAUUUUCACAAUCUCCACAAUCCCCACGAUUACUUUCUCGUCAAAUUAACGAUACCGUUAAUAAUAACAUUAUGAAUGACUCUUCAACACCGGCAAAUAUAAUAGAAGCUAAUUUAGUUUCAUCUACUAAUCAAAUAUGCAUUCCUAAAAGAACACGAUCAAAUUUGGUUUCUCCAGUUCUUCAAGAAACCAAUACCAACAGUAAUGAAGAGUUAACAAUGAAAACAGUACGAGUAUUACCGACGUUUUCAGAAUCUCAAUAUUCGUCUACUUCGAAUUCUUUUAUAAAAUUACCAUCAUCACCACCAUCAUCGAUAAUGUCAAGUUCAAUUCCUAUACUAAAGACGGCGAUACGUGAUUCAUCGGUGUCGAAAAAGAAUCCUCCUGUAAAUCGAUCUACUUCACUGGCUUAUAAUAAUGAGUCUACUUCUUUAUUUGAUCAUAAUAAUAGUACUAACAAUCAUAAUGUGACUGCCAAUGUUAUGAAUCAUAACGUAUCGAAUAAUGGUGAUGCGAGUAAUAGUAUUAAAAAUGAAGAAAACCAAAUUAUUAGCGGAAGAAUUACGAAUUAUAAUGAUGCAAAUGUAAUGAAACGCAAUGGUGAAAAUGUAAAUACAAGCAGUGAUGAUAAUGGAAUGAACCACAUUAACAAUGGAGUAAUAAAUCAAAUUGAUGAAAGAACUGAGAUGAUUCAAACAAAUAUGAAUAGGAUAAAUUUUAUUAAUAAUAAUAUGAAUGGAAAUAGCGGUGAAAAUGGUGAUCAACUAGUUUCAACACCCCAGACUUUUUCCCAAUCUCAAUCAUCGCCUCAACCACAACAAAGACAAAAUAUAAAUUCUGCUACUAUAUCUGCAAGGCAAAUUAGAUCCCUUAGUCUUGGUCCUAAAGUUAUAAAUUCAUUAAAUCGUGGUGGUGAUGGUCUUGCCGAAACAGAUUUGUAUGAACAUUCUGUGCCAGAAGUUCCACCACCACCUUAUUCCCCACCAGAGUCAUCUCUCCGAUUCCAUCGUCGUCGUUCGUCAACUUCAUUCUUUUUAAGACCAAAAACUUCAACUGAACUUCGAAAAGAACUUUUAAAAUUAACCGAAGAAUCGAAGAAAGAACAAGAUAAUUGGAGAAUCGAGGAAGCUAGAUUAAGAAUGAGAAUAAACUCUAAACCUGAAGAAAUUGAACGAGUUAAAAGAAAGAUGAGAGAAUCUAAUGAGAAAUAUAGAAAAAAAAUUGAAGCUGUUACCGCAAAAUUGAGACAGAUGAAUUUUAAUAACGGUGAUGGGAAUUAA